CCGAGGCCCAAUCACCGCAUCGAACCCCUUUUCACCUGGUGGAUACGCAAUACGAUUCGCAGUGUUUCGUCCGAGUCCACGUGACGUUUACGUUAAGCCCAAACUGUCUUAAAGCCGAAGGGCUGCAGAUUCAGUUUCUCUGACCCUUCAGCCAUAUAAGCCCUGUGUCAUGCAUCGCUGGGGAAACUCGGCAAGAACAUGCAUCCCAUCGGUUUUGCGAAUCGAUUUUGCCUCAAAGGUUGAGAAUUGAGGCGAAGAUGUUGGUUAACCCCGACACCUCACAGCAGAAAAAAGAAGUACGCUCGCGGCAACGAGCCUCAACAUCAUGCACGGAAUGCCGGCGGAGAAAGCAGAAGUGUAAUCAAGCCAAGGACAGACCAUGUAACAAUUGCGCAAGGAGGUAUCCUCCCGUGCCGUGCGUUUAUGAGGGACUGAAGAAGAUUCCCAAAUCCAAGGAAAAGGUGCUUAGGGUGCAGCCAAAGAUUGAAGAACCCGAGGCAGCCGGUUCCAAUAUCCUUGCAACUAUACCGGAGUCAGGAAGCCAAUCUUCAGAUGAUUCCUUCAAUCAGAAGCCAGUCCUCCAGCUUAUCACAUAUGACACAAGACUAAACUCGCCCUUCUCUGACGGAUGGCCAGUAGGGCUAUUCUCAUAUGAAGAUGACGAGAGCCCAACAUCUCCUGUUGGUCCCGACGAUAUCUCUCCAAACAUCAGGGCCCUCCAGUAUUAUCCCUUCCGGGAACAUAUCAGAAAAUCUUAUUAUGGGGUUUCAAAAAUGCAUGUGGGGAGUGUCGCUCUUGAACCAAUGCACGCCCUCCCAUUCGAACCUUCUCUUCGCAAUGCCCAACUUCUUCAUUUUUUCCUUCAAAGGCUGGCUCCUUUCAUGUCGUCAAUUGACGGCAAUGAUCCCCCACCAGCAUUCAACGAGAAAUGGUUGCCUUUCAUGAUCCAGUCUCCCAUCGCAGGGUACAUUGCGAUCUUGACUUCUUCAUACUUUCAGGCUACCGCGCGACAGAUUGAGUGGAACAAGUCAGUCGACGUGAUGGGAGCCCGCGUCAAACUCAUUACUCUCAUCAAUUCAUACCUCACUGCUCAUCAGAGUGCCCUCAAUGACGAAGCAAUUUCCACCGUGAUGUCUCUGGCAUACAACGAGCUUGUGUAUGCAGAUGAGAGAAGUACAUUGGCCCACAUGAAUGGCCUUGCAGAGAUGAUCAGGACGCGGGGAGGCCUCCAGAGUAUUGAGUUCCGCACUUUGAGGGAAAUGCUCACGAGAACCGAUUACCAAAUCGCUUUCACCUUCGAAUGCGAUCUUUUCUUAGACAAGACCCUGAACAAGCCCGUUCCUACUCUUGAAUCAUAUUCAAUUGAAGUUGACAGCCCUUUGAUCAAGUCGAACAUACGCUUCGUCGAGUCAGCCGAAGAACUUAAUAUUAGUAUCGAAGCCGCCAGGGUCCUCGAUGACAUGAGAUUUCUCACGGCUUCUGUCCUCCACUUUCAGGAAAACGGGGAUUCUGAAGUGGAGAUAGCUAAGCUCUUGACCACAGUCCACUGGAUACAUGAGCAGCUUGUCUCACCAGCAACACACGACCCCAACAUGGCGAACGAUUUCAUGUACCAAACGUGCAGGACAGCUGGUAUAAUAUACAGUACCGCCAUCCUCACACGAACACCUUUGUCACGAGCAUGCACCGCUCAACUACUCCACCAACUAUGGAUGACGAUGUGGCGAGUCCCUUUGGCACACUGGAAGAAGCUUCCGGGGCUUUUCCUCUGGGUUAUACUCGUUGUCAAUUCUUACGCGAGGAACAGGCCGGAGGCUAGAUUCAUAAAGGGCCUCAUGCCUCCGGCUGUGGUGGCUAUGAAUUUGCUAGACUGGGAUGCCACGAUGGCAACUUUGGAUGGGUUUCUCGCUGUACAAAAGUGGCUUGCGGGGAUGAGCCGGGUGUUCAUUGUGCCUUCUAGGCAUUCUCCGAAACCGGCGUCCCCUGAAGGUGGGCUGCCGGAAUGGGCAAUAAAGGAGGUGGAGUGAAGGCAGUGACGGUAUAAUAUGUUGUAAGAACAUGAUGGUUUUAGCCAUUUAAAGGAUUACGGACAAGCGCAAAUGUGCUACCGUGGUUCUUUUUUGCGGAGUAUGGAGUUCAAGGAGCAGUAUUGCAGAAUGGAUGCGCAAGCAUAUGAUAUCUAUUCAGGGGGUCGGCAAUUGUCCCUGCGUCUCACAACAAACAGCAGAAAUAUUACACUUCCAUAAAGUCCACUUCUUUCAUAAAG